AUGGCGCUGUUUCAAGGAGGUUUAGACAAGGGACCUUCACAGGUCCCUUUCAACCAUCACUUCCAUGACUCUAUUAAUCCUGGAGAGAAGUGGCACCUCUCCCUGCAGGGUGCUGGUGAGGAUGUCCCAGGGAGCUGCCACAAGGGGUACCCCCAGGAGCCCUCUUGCCCAUCAGCUGUUUGUGAGCUAUUCCAGGAUGCGAUCUGUCUGGACAGACAGACAACUGCCCUUGCCAGGGAGCUGACGAGGAAAAGAAGAGCAGAGGUUACUUGCCUCUUCCAGAGAUGCACAGCGGAUCUUAAGGUUGCACUGCAUCCAGGACGGGAGAUUUGCAGGCCUCGCGUGAGCCACGUGGUCCUGUUAGCCACAUCCUGCAUCUUACAGGAGCUCUCUGGAGACCACACCAACAGAGCUGUGUUAGCUGAUCAGAGAACCUACCCUGGAGAGAGUGGAGACCAUGGAAACAAAAACUGCCAGGGCCUCAUGGAGGCAGAGACAGCAGGAGCGGAGCCCUUGGACUAUGUCAGCAGGUUCACAGAUGCCCAUUUGGAUCAGCACUUUGGUAGGGGACAAACAAAGCCCAGGAUCUGCAGCAGGCUUCCCAGCCUGCGUGUGCUCCAUGUGCUGCGUGAGAUCUGCUGCAUCCUGUGGCCGCUUCUAGCGAACAGGAUCUUGAGGUUCACUUUGCCUGAAUGUUUUCACAACCUUUCAAGAAAUCUGUGCUGCUACGCACCAGUGCUGCCUCCUUUCAUGUAAGCCAGUUGUUGCUCCUACCACCCUUAUGCUACCACUUCUAAUAGCUCUUCAAGAGUGAUGGAUGAAAGGGACAGCUUCACAGAAAAGGAUGCUAAAGCCAGAGUCAUUGCAGCAUUGUUACAGGAAUCAGAACUGAAAUAUUUGAAAAAGAAAAAUAU